AUGGUCUCCAAAAUCCCAAACGAUAUAUUCCAGUUCAGUACAGCCAGUGCUUUGAUGGCUGGCCUCGCCCACUCCGGCCCCUCCUGCGGCCAACUCCCCGGCUACGGCACCCACGGCAUCGGCACUUUUGCUCGUAUGAACGGUGAACUCCUCUUCCUCGACGGAAAACCCUGGCAAAUGCUGCGAUCCGGAAAAGUACAACCUGCAGAUCCAUCCACUUCUCUGCCGUUUGUGCAAGUCACCAAUUUCCAACCCGAGUUUGGGAUGAAAGUGAGUGAAGGACUGAAGAAAGGCGACUUGGUGGAUCUGUUCGAGAAAAACGGCCCCAGCACCGGUGGCAAGAAUUCCUUUGUACCAUUUCUGGUAAAAGGAAAGUUUAAAUCGCUGGAUUUGAGGAUUGCAGGGCCGCAAGAACACGAAGGCCAGGAUCUUGCAGAGGUUGCUGCCAAGGCGAGAAAGUGGAGUGUAAAGGAUGUCAAGGGGACCAUGUUUGGUAUCGCGAGUCCGGAGUGGAUGCAAGGCGUUAGUGUGGCAGGCGUGCAUUGCCAUUUCAUGACUGAGCCUGAGCAAGGCAAAGACGCUGAAGGUGGCCAUGUGUUGGACUUUGAGACUGGAGAUGAGGCACUGCUGCAAUGGGCUGUGACGGGAAGAUAUCAUCUUGGAUUUCCCAGAGAUGAUGAGUGGGAGAAGUUGGACUUGAAGGCAGACACCGCCGGUCUUAGUAAAGCUGAAGGAUAA